AAAUAAUGUUUAUAAUAUUGUAUGUACUCUGAAGUUAGCUUGAUCAUGGAUUAUUCAUCUCCUCGUGUAAUUCUGUAUUCAUCGAGCAUACUUUAAUUAUUGGUUAGAUUAUUCAUUAUAGCCGUACGACAGGAUUUUAAAAUAUCACUAGAUCUGUCGUACGGACAGGUGGAGCCUACUUAAAUAAUUGAAUUUUGCUAAUGGAGUGCACCUUCAAAUAUGUUUACACCAAAACAACCUUAUUUUUAUCGGACGAAUAAACAGUUUUCACUGCUCAAAUUAGUCGACCUUUAUGAUAAAGACUCUUUCAUUCGUGAAUAUCUGUUAGAUAAUGUGUUCGUUUGUAUUUUUAUGUACAUACUAUUCUACUUUGCCAUUUGCUACGCUCACAAGGUUAUCAAGCAAAUCGAGGACAAAAAUGAAGAAAUGAUCGCCAAAGUGAAUUUAAAUCGAACGAAAGUAAAUGAUAUGAUAGCAAUAAAAAAUCAUCGCAUGGAAUAUGAAGAAGUUGUUAUGAAUACGAAAAAAGCACAAAAAAUAACUACGAAACAUUUGGACAGCGAGAUAAAGCGAUUAAGUACAAAACUCAUGAAAACACAGGGCAAAUUAAACGAGCUUGAAAACUUUGUAGCAAAGUGGAAGUAUUGGAAAAGUUGUACGGAGCGAACGAAGAAAAUGUCAAAUUGUAAUGGUGAAUAUCAUCAAGACGAAAUUGAUCCUGAAAUAGAGAUCAAUGACGUUAAGAUAUUGGACCCGUCUUUUCCACCGUCGAACCCGCCAGAGCCACCACCGAGGAAGUUUGGAGUCUUUGCUCGACCACCCACAAUGUCAGGUGGUUCGAAAAUAGGGUUCAAAUAGUGGAGUCAUGAACGAAAAUUCCUAUACAAAUUCAUUUUACCGAGUUGAUAUUACAGAUUCAAAAUCAUCAAGAUACCAAAGAGGUCAGGAAAAUCGUGGGCGAACAAUUUUUUUAGGCUUUAAGAAUUUGCAGAGAUGAGAGAAUCGGUCUACGAAACAAAACCUCAACAAUUGGACACGUCACUUACUUUAUAAAAAUAUAUCAAAAAUAGCUUAAUUUAAUGAUUUGCGAUCAAACAGAAGUUCAAAUUUCAAGUGGGUCUUAAUUUUUUAUACGUGACAUAUCAUUUCUUUACAUCUGAUAGAGUUGGUCUGUUUCGCAAUACUGUCUAUCACUUGAUUUUGGAUGUAAACUUAUAAAUUUGGGAUAUAUUGUUUUUCAAGAUCGAUUUAAUCUUAUCUCAUUUUAGUCUCUCAUCGUAGUAAUCUCAUUUUGGUAGAUUAAAAUGUGUUCUUAGUCUAAAAUUUUCAAAUUAUACUGUCAUUUCUCUAGUAAAACUAAAAGUAAAAAUUACACGAUUAUAAGAGAAAUAAUUUCAUUAGCAGAAAAAAUUAGAAACGUAUGAAUAAAAUCAAAAAGUACUAUCAAUAAAUUCUUGAAAAUAAAUCGAAAAUCAUAAGCUUAUGAUAAGCCGAUUCGUAAGAAAUUCAAU